AAUCAAUUCUCAAUUCAAAUCUAUCACUAUAGCCGUCUCAUUUUCGUUCCUAGGCACGGGUCUUCUAGAGAAGAUUCGUACGCAGGGUCGCAGGGAUAGGAGCCAAGGGCAGAUCCGUAGCAUCUGACGGAUGACAACAGAAAGGGACGAAACAGAGAAAGGUCGAGAGUAGAGUUAGAUCCCUAACAUCCCUUUCUUCUUUCUGUUUUUGGUAUUUAGGGAUUCUAAUGUAAAACCCAUCAUUUACCAUCAUGAUCGGUGCAAAAAUAUGCUUUUAUCCUACUGAGUAAUUUAAUUUUCUUUUUGUUCCUCUUGGUUGGUGCGCCAGAGAGCAGACUUUGUAUGGGGUAGAUUUUUAAAAAAGGACUAUAGCUUGGCUUGAUUUUUUCACUAAUCUUCCCUGAAGGUAAUCUUGAUAUCUUCUUUUUUUCUUGAACACAAGAUAAAUAUUAAGCUUUGAGAUAAAUGAUUUUUUUGUUUUGUGUUUCGUCUGAAAAGUGCAGCUUAAUGAUUUUUUUUCUCUAUAUCAGGCCCAUAUACAAAAUGGCUGCCUAAAAUGGGUUUAGUUGCUGCCAUUCUUAUUACGCCUUAACAUUUAAUUUUUCUUUAAAAAAACAAAACACGACUUACCUUAUUAAACACCAGGCACAACAUAAUUAUUUCAAGCUUGACGGGAGAGAUGCAGAUUUUGGUGCAAUCGCCUUUUCCAAGCAAAAGAUUCAGAUGAGACUCAUGAGAGAGCAACAUCUGAUUAUUUGGAAAAGAUUAUGUGAAUGACAACGGGUUCUCAAAUGAUAGAUCUUGAUAGAAAGCCAAACGAGCACAACUAGAUUAUUCUGCUAAGGGGCUAGGAGCCAGCAAUUGCUAUGCAGAGACUAAAGGUUGUCAUUGGCAUAUCCGGUCAUUCAGUUAGCAAGUAGAAGGCAUAUAGUUCAGAUAACUGAGAGUGUGAUGUUCGACAUCUUACAUAAUCAAAGGCUCUUUUCUUAGAACUCCCAUAGGAACUUACUCCCCUUCAGGUUAUUACUUAUGAAUAGAUUAUAUCUUACGAGGGUUCUUCUCAUUCAAAUUAAAGGAGGAUAGUGUCUGGCCUCAACCAUCAAUAGAUCAAACUUUAAUCAAUUGACGGUGCAAAAGACACGAAUGCUUGGUUUAGGUGUGAAAUGUGCAGUCUUGGACAAGAAAAAGGUCUUCUCUACGCAUAAUCAACCGUACUUUAUUAACAAUACGUCAGUGAAGGCUUUUCAAAAAAUGGAUGGCCAGAUAAGAUCAUGAGGUCUCAACAACCAGUAGAAAUCUAGCACAAGUUCAUAUAUUAUACUUCUCUUAAUGGUAUUAUUCUUGGCUCUGUUCAUCAUACUCGGCAUGAAGGUAGAAUAUAGUACCGAAGCAGUUUGUAUUUCAGUGACUAUUACAAAUGGUGUCACUCCCAGAGGAUAAGUCUUACAUAUGCUUAUUUGUCAAUGCUGAUUUAGGUGCCACUUUUAUAUACACCCCUUAUAUUCAGAUUUCUAUCAUACUGUGAGCCAUGUCUCUUUACAAUUUGACAAGAUUGAUUAUUGAGCAUCUAAAAGAACUUGGUUUUAUAUUUGGAACAUUGAAGGGGUUGCUUAAUAAAUAAAAUACUUGCUUAAAGGAAUUGUGAAGGACUAAAUAUAAUAUUUUCCUUUGAUCCAGAAGAAGACGAUCGGCCUGCAAGAAUCAUAAUAUUUGGUGAUGAUGAAUUUAAGAAAGAAAUAUAGGGGAAAUCUUGAGAAAUCAGUACAGCAAGAGAAACAAGGCUAGCGCUAGAGGCAAGCACAUGCCGAUCACUAUUCUGACUAACGUGAAGAAAGAGAACAUUGAGUGAUCCACUUAAAUUUAAAGCCUGGAUACUCUUUUUUACUAAUAAGAAGAAAAUCCACCAUUGAAGGCUCUUUGUCCAUCUUCUCUAAGCCAGCUUCGGAUCGUAUAUAUUGGGAUGCUAUAUUAUGUUUCAUUUGUUUGGAAACUUCUUUUCAACAAUUGCAUAGCACCUAGCUAGCAGAUUAUUUCCUUUUUUGUAAUUUCAAAGAACCAUUUACUCGGGCGGUUUCUUUCACCUUCUAUGAGAUUCAAUUACUCUAUGUUCCCUUUCCUCCAAGUCCACAUCAUAUUAAUUAUUUUCAUCUCCAGCUUUUUUUUGCGCAUCAAGGUUGUUUCAUUAAUUGAGUUGAAUGUGCAACUGAAUGUGCUUGCUACUUGCUAAACCGUACAUGAGUAUAAAUCAAGAAUGCCUAAGUUUGGAGUCAAUGAGUUGGUUCGUAUUGAACACCAUAGGUGCAUGCAAAUUAAUAAGGAAAACAGAAGUUUUAACUGCUGCUUGACCUAUAAAAAAAAUAAAUAGCCUUGGCUCAGCUUCAAUUUAAAUGGCCAAGUAAAUACUAGAACUUAGUGAAGCUCCUAAUGAGUGAAUAUUGAACGAGUUACACAUACUCCGUAUUAGAUUUUCUCACAGGCUAAGAUCUUCUAGAUAUUCUGUUUUAGACUAUUUGUUGAAAAUGUGUAGUGCUGAAUUGCUAAUAAAACAUAGUAUUCUUUACACGAUGAUUCUUUUGACAAUAGAACCAUUGACAUUAAUAUGACAUUGGCACGCUUCAGGAGAUGAACCAUUGACAUUAACUUGGGGAGACGAAGGCAAUAAGGACAUUAUUGCUUCUAUACUUGGGUUAUUUGCAUUGUACAAAUCUCGCUUCCAUUGUCCGAAACCUUAAUCUUUACUAUGCUUGAGUUGAUUAUUAUUAAAAGAGUAAAUUUCAUAAUUGGUCCUUUAUAACAUGGGGGUUUCCAUAUUUAAUCCUUUAUUACUAAAUAUUACCCUCGUAGUCCUUUUUUUAAGGAUACCUUUCCACAAAUGGUCCUUUUUUAAUCUUCUAUAGUGUUGGUGUUAAUUUAAAGGCUAAAAGUAUAAUUUGACAUCAACAUUAUGUCUAGUGACGUAUUCUGAUAUUGAUUAAACGGAUAACACAAAAAUAAUAACUAUGAUUGUGGGUUAGGAUUCUGACGAAAGAUCACAUUUGUAGACUAUCGUUGUCGUAAAAAGCGACUGUAAUUCACAAACGACGCAAACGGAACAGCCUUUGGAAUUGUGUAUGACAAAAAAGAUAUAUUAUCAUUGUGAAAUUACACUUUUAGCUCUCAAAUUAACACCAACAUGAUAGAAGAUCAAAAAAAGGACUAUUUGUGGAAAGGUACCCAUAAAAGAAGGACCACUGGGAUAAUAUUUAAUAAUAGAGAACUAAAUAGGGAAACCCCCUAUUAUAAAGGACCAAUUAUAGAAUUUACUCUUAUUAAAAAAAGGUACUUUAUUUGUGAAAGAAGUGACCAGACUCUUUGCGCCUGUUUUUUGCUUGACCAUCCCUAUUUGAAAUAAACUGGGAUUUUUUUUCAAAAUAUAAGUUUGAUGUGUUUUUUACUAUCCCACAAUAAUCUAGAGAUAUAGAUGAAAUUCAUCACUUAAUAAUUUUUAAUGUUAUUCAUUUUCAGGCAUCAUAAUUGCAAUAAAAAAUCAUAUCUAUAGUUAAAAAUUAAUUACAUUACACAUACCUUUACAUUAUUAGAAAAUUAAAAUAGGUAAUACUAAUAGAAUGUUGAACUUUUAAAAUGUCAUCUUUUUUAAAAAUAAAAAGUUUGAAUUACAUUGUUAGAAAAAACAAAAAGAGUUUACAAGGAAGUAAUUUGGGAGGGGAGCUGCGCAGAAGAUGAUGACGAUGCCCAAUCUGGCUGCGCCAAGCUUCGCGCAAACGAAGAUGGCGGUAGACGAAGAGGAUGCAGGCGAAGAAGAACAGAUUGUGGAUGGGCUAGGAUUAUACAAAGGGAAAGUGAGGAUAGUGAACUGCCAAGAGCCAGCAGAGGAGACGAUGCUGCUAUGGGGAUUACAACAGCCAACUCUCUCGAAGCCCAACGCCUUCUCCAAACAGUCCUCCCUCCAGCUCCGCCUGGACUCCUGUGGCCUCUCUCUGUCCAUUCUUCAGUCCCCUUCUUCUUUGGUAUGCAUCUGGAUUUUCAAAUUCAACCUAAUCGAUUUGAGUUUAGGGAUUUGAUUGUUGCGGAAGUAUGAAUUUGGGAGUGUAAUUGUUUCUUUUUUCCCCUUAAUUUUUACUACGUAGAAAUGUUUGAUGAGCUGUGCUAUAUAUGUGCACCAAAUUCUAUUUUUUUCCCCAGAAUUUCACCUGAACCAGUAAUUAUUUGGAAAGUAGGGAGUUUGUGGUAAAAAUUGAGUUUAUGUACUAUUAAACGAGUAAUUUCUUGUGCAUUUUUUCUAUAAAAUGCUUUUUGUUACUCCGUAUUAAGAAAAGCAGAGAAGUUGAAGAGUUUGCUAAAUAAAAUGUGGGAGUGUUUGAACAAAAUUGUUUGUUGUGAUUUUAAUGUAUUGCCAAUCCCCUCUAUCAUCAUGAACACCUUAUUCCCUAUUAGUUGGGGUCCAUAGCAUUCAAUUUAUAGCGGUAAUAAAUUGAAUGAAAUAGUUUACCGUAUAAAUUCAUGCAAAGAAGCAUAGUGGCAAAGCUUGUUGUUGGUUUAUAUAUGGCGAUGAAGGUUUUAAACUUUCAUCUCAUUAUUUCUUUCAUUCUUUGCAAGUAAUUUCCUACCUCUGUCCCAAAAUAAACUUCACACUUUUCUUUUCCGUACAUUCUAAAAUAAUUUUUUUUGUUUCCUUAUUUCCUUUUAAAGUAAAUGAAUGUGUAGCGCUAAUAAUUUCUUUUUCUUGUGAACAAAUUCUAACUAUACACUUUUGACUUACAAUAUUUUUCUUGAACUCUGUGAAGUCAAAGCAUGGAGUUUGUUUAAGGACAUAGGGAGCAUUUCUUACUUUAACUAUAGGUUGCAUUAGACUAAAUAAACUCUCAUUUUGAGAAGGGAGCUAUGCAGUAGUUUACUAGUUUAAGAUAAUUAUCAACUUUUCCAAGGCAUGAAUGUCUUGUUCGAGAGCUCAUGCAGCACUCAUUUUCUCCUUUUAUGUUUGAGUUGCCAAUACUCCUAUCAUUCUCCCUGUUGUUUCCACAAAUACCAAAACAAUAAGAACCAUUUUGUUUCCUUGUUCGGCACUUUAAGCAGUGCUAAUCCCUGAAUUGAGUGCACGAUUACACGGUUACUUGGCUAACUUUGGAGAUGAUGUCAUUCUAAAGCCUGCAACGAUGACAUUGAAUUCACUUUUAAGGUAGUGUUUCCUAUUCUCCACAAUAGUUUCUUCUAUUCUCAUUCCAGGGAUGAUGACAUUCUAAAGCCUACUUGUUUGGUUUUUGUGGGAAAAAUAAAUGAACUGAUGUGUUUGUCAAGAGUCAAGACUUAAGCGUAUUGCUGGAAUUAACAAAGGAUUGUAACUCUCCUGUCUUUCCGUGUGUAAUGAAAGAUGAAAAUUUUCCCACACACUUUCCAGAACUGUUGGAGCUGUUUAUAGCUUCUUUGGACUAUGCCUUCCAUCUCCGUGACAUGUGAGAAACCUGUAAUUACCGCAACCUGUGGUAUCAUGGUUCCAAAAUAGCAUAUUGCAGUUGAUAUUUGUGUUAUAAGCUAAUAAUGGGAUUACUGUCUUGUGAUACUCUGCACCAGUGUUCUCAAACUCCAUUUUUCAUACCUCAAAUGGUCAAUUACAGGCAUAUACUUCUUCAACUUUUGGGAACGCGGUUAUCUGGUUGUCUUGUUCAGUGAUGCGGGAUAACAUUCUUAAAAUCCCUCUUUCUCAGUUCCUCACACAAUUUAUAUUUUUACAGAAUUACAACUACAAUCACUAUUACCUUGAAUGAUCAACUAUAGACAUUCUUUUGACUUUAGGGAACUCCUGGAGUAACUGGUUCAGUAAUGUGGGAUAGUGGAGUUGUUCUUGGAAAAUUCUUAGAGCAUGCUGUGGAAUCAGAAGCAAUUUCGCUGCUCGAAAAGAAGGUUGUUGAAUUAGGAUCUGGCUGUGGAUUAGUGGGGUAAUGAAUAUUGGUGCUUCAG